AUGCUUACUUCUGCCCCUAUCAUCCGACCUCCAAAUUGGCAAUUGCCAUUUGAGAUUAUGUGUGAUGCUAGCAAUCAUGCAAUCGGAGCGGUAUUGGGACAGAAAGACGACCAUGCCGCAUUGAAGUACCUUCUCAAGAAGAAAGACGCAAAGCCGAGGUUGAUAAGGUGGAUCCUCUUACUCCAAGAGUUUGAUUUGGAGAUUAGARAUAAGAGCGGAGCUGAAAAUUUUGUUGCCGACCACCUUAGCCGGCUAGUGUUGGAUGGAGAGCCAAGCCCACUCAUUGAUGAGUUUCCAGAUGAGCACAUUUUCUCCGUUUCAGGCGAAACCCCCUGGUAUGCAGAUAUUGUUAAUUAUUUGGUUUCAAAGAGCUUCCCAGGUGAGUUAUCUAGACCCGAUAGGGAAAAGAUUAGGAGAGAGGCUCGUUUCUACAUGUGGGACGAGCCGUACCUUURGAAACAUUGUCCGGACCAAGUUAUCCGGCGAUGUGUGCCCCAAGGGGAGUUUCAGUCUGUUUUACAGUUUUGUCACUCCCAUGCUUGUGGGGGCCACUUCGAGAAGGAAGCAGCAGGUCAAGAGAAAGAGGCAGCAGGUCAUCGGAAGCAGCAGAUAGAAACCGAGAAAAAGAGGCUGUUCGAUUGGGAGUCUGUGGAUUGA